AGUCAAUGGACAGAAAUCACAACUGCCCAACUGGAAAAGGAGCAAGCACAACUUCCUUUUUUCACAAUAAAUCGAUAAACAAAAGGCGUUUUUUGUUUCAUAUGCACAGGUUUAACAACUUUUAACAACUAUCAAUGGCGGCUGAACUUUAAAUGCACAAAAAUAAGCCAUAAAUACAGUUUCUACUGUCAAAGUAGUCGCCCUUUGUUGAUCCAAACACUGCUGAUGUCUCAACACAAAUGAUGGGCAGAUUAAACAGUUCAUUUCGAUGCUUCUCCCACACAACGGGUGUUUGGAUCUAACUUCCGCGUUUAUUGCUCGGACUGUAUGAUACGGCCGCCAAGCAGGGAGCGCUCCACUGUUUUUGCGGUCGGUAGCUCUUUUAGAACUGCAGUUCAAAGGUAACUCAUAAGGUCAAUAUACAGUAUAUGAACCCAGGUAGCAGUUUUUCUUUAGGAUUGAGAGGAGAUGCAGGAAGAUAAUAAACAGGCAGGACAGAAAAAUUGUCAAAUAAAAACAAGUUAGUUUUUGUACCUGGUGGGUGCAACAAACAGACACCAUUGAAGGUAAUCAGAAGUGAGGAACAGAAAAUGAAAUAAUUAUUUUAAUGUUUAGAGCAGCAGGAACUCCGAGAGGCUGCAGGCGCAUCAGUGAGUUUGCAGCCGCUGCGCAGGGGGAGGGGGGAGAGGGCUGAAGCAGAAACUACCGUUGUUAAAAGAAAUGUGUUUAACUUUGAAAAUGUGGGCGCAAUUUUAACUGUCAAAAACUCCAGCGAACCAUUAGUUCAUUUUGCUCAAAUAGAAAUAGAGGCCUGCCUCUAAUACUGGUCCUCCUUCCAAUAAAGGCCUGGAGCUUGAUGAGCUUGAGUCAAAUACAGGCCCGGGCCUGUAUUAGAGGAUUUACGGUACUAUGAAAAGCUGACAUUGCUGCUGAGGCUAUGGGCAGAGCACUGCGUCAGGGUCUGAACAAGAACAGGUUAGCUGUUCCUGUGUUCUCAAAAAGUUAUGUUACUGAUCUAUUUAAAAUAUUCACACAAAAUAGAUUUGUAUUUCGUUAUCUGACUAGUUAAAAAAUGUCUUGUUUAAUUUUCAGAAUGUCACUAUUUUCCUUGAACUUAAAUUAUUUUGAAAACAUUUUUAAUAACAUUGAUGAUAAAGAGAAAUGAACUUGUGAAUUCAAUGCAUGUUAAUAUAGUAACAUAGCAUUUUUUUAACUAAGCUUAUUCACACAUGGAAAAUAUCUAUGUGAACUAAUCGUACUUUCAUUGUGUAAAAGUAGCUCACAUGCCAAAAAAGGUUGGAGAUCCCUAAAAUAUAUAAAUAACUUUUGAGGUUUUAACUAUUUUGUUGUUUCAAGUAAGUGAGGAUGGUGUCCUAAAGCCCCCUACGGACGGGCAUCUACUAGUCCAUGGAGACGUCUGUCUAACAUCAUAUGAUGUUAGCCUGUUUUUGUUGCCUUGAUGUUUUUGGCCACAAGGGAAGAGUAAUGUUAGUGCUCAGAUCAAAUUGGAAUUGUGUAAUGAAGGAAAAGGAUAAAUUAUCUGUGUGACAGGGUUCUACUCAGACAGCAGUAUCCGUCUGAUGAUGGAGAUUCAGAAUGAAGCUGAGUUCUGUUUUCCACAACUCAACAGGUCCUGCAGGAGGCCAACACCUCACUGGUCUGAAGCUGUCCUCCUGAACAUCGUGUUGUCCUUCUUCUCUCUGAUCACAGCAGUUCUAAACCUUCUCAUCAUAAUCUCAGUCUCCUAUUUCAGGAAGCUGCAGAAACCUGCUAACAUCCUCAUCCUCUCUCUGGCUGUGUCAGAUUUCCUUGUUGGUUUUUUAAUCAUUCCAUUUGAAAUCUUUAGAAAGACAAAAUGCUGGAUACUCGGUAAUAUCACAUGUUUAUUUUACUACUAUGUUGCCAUUUUGUCUCUCGGUGCUUCAGUUGGAACCAUUGUUCUCAUAUCAGCUGAUCGCUAUGUGGCUAUUUGUUACCCUCUGCAUUAUCCCAUUAGAAUAACCUUACCAAGAAUGAAAUUCUGUGUUUGUCUUUGUUGGAGCUGUGCUGCUUUCUAUGUAAUUUUCUUCUUAAAAGAUGAGCUGACUCAGCCAGGCAGGAGUAAUUCCUGCAUUGGAGAAUGUACAGUAUCAUUUGACUAUUUUGUAGGAACUUUUGAUCUGUUUAUAACCUUUUUAUUUCCAGUUACAGUCAUCAUAGUUCUGUAUAUGAGAGUAUUUGUGGUGGCUGUGACUCAGGCUCGUGCCAUGUACUCUCACAAUAGAAGUGUCACCCUUCAGCUUUCAGUGCAACAACAAACAAAGAAAUCAGAGCUAAAAGCAGCCAGAACACUGGGUGUUCUUGUUGUUGUGUAUCUGAUGUGUUUCUGUCCAUAUUACUGCUGCUUUUAUUUUAUAGAUAGCUUUACAACUACAACAUAUGUAUCAUUCUUAUUCCUUCUUAUGUAUCUUAACUCCUGUCUAAACCCUCUGAUCUAUGCCAUGUUUUAUCCCUGGUUCAGAAAAGCUGUUAAACAUAUUGUAACUUUACAGAUCCUGAAGCCCGGCUCCUGUGAGGCCAACAUACUGUAGAUACCGUGGACUGAGGGACGUACAACCUCCUGAACAGUUUACAAUUCUAAAAUCUAAAGUCCAGUGAAGGAGAAAAUAGUUUUCUUCAUUUCCUACAUUAUAAACAUAAAUGUUUGUAGAGAGCAGGGCCGGUUCUAGGCUGGCAUAUUUGAGGGGGCAGACAGAAUUGUGAAGGGGUAGAUUGUGGUGAAAGAAGUGAAAAAGGUGAAUUGGUGGUGCAGGUAUUCCAGGAACUUUUAGUCAUGUGAUUGGAUUGGAUUUUGUUAGACUUUGAUCUUCCCUUGUUUCUCUGUCCCUGAAACCCUUAUUCAUGUAUUCAUCACAUCAUAAAUCAACUACAGCAAUAGCAUCUAUGUGGAAUCCCAUCCAAAGCCCUCAACAAACUUCAAGACAUCCAGAAUUGUCCUGCCUGUCUCCUAACCAGUGACCACAUCACCUCCAUCGACUUCCUCUCCCUCACUGCAUAACAUUCAAAGUCCUUCAUAACCGCGAGCCGUCCUACCUCUCUAACCCGCUCCACCACCAUGCCCCAUCCCUCUGCCUCUCCUCCCUCUCCCACAGGACCAAGCUCUGAACUUGGGGAGACUCAGCUUUCUCCAUGGCUGUCCUCACCCUCUAGAACUCACUCCCACAACCUCUCCACAACUGCUCUGACCUCUCCACCAUCAAAACUCUGUUUUACAGUUUUUUUUAUUGUUGCAUAAUCUGUCUGUUUAACCUUGUCUUUUUACAAAAUCUCUAAAGUUCUUCAUUAAUAAAAUAUAUUAUUCCAUUUCAUGACCCAAGACCUGUUCUACUAUGAGAAAAUCAUUAACAUCAGAUCGACCAUUCAUUCCUCCAUGUCAACAUGCAAAAUCAGACCACAGCUACAGCAACACAGGUUUGUGGCCAGUUUUCAGUGUGAUUACUGCUAAAACACUGGGGGGACAUAAUAACGAUCUUAAAUUCAUCUACCUGCUGUCUGGACACCCUGCCAACUAAACUUCUUUAAAAUGUUUUUAGCUGUGUUAAACCCCAACUCUGAUGUAAAAUGUGUGAACGGUGGGGGUUACACGAAACAGGGCAGUGGAAUUAAAAAUUUGUUUGAUUUGCCAUAAAUGGUUCUAAAAACAAGAGAGCAAACAGAUGGUGAGCAUUAGUAAAAUAAAUGCAAAAUGAAAACAGGACUAAAAUGUUAACUUUUAAAAGACCAAUUAUCAACAUUAAAAACACCUGGUUAAAACUUUGUUAAAGGUUUUAACACACUAGAAGGCAUUUUUUUAACUCACUUAGUGGAGGAGUAAACUCCUCCACUUGGGGCAGGACCUCAUCCCCUUUUCUAAUUCAAGAUUGUGGUCUCAAAUUUAGAGGAGCUGAUUCUCAUCCCAGCUGCUUCACACUCGGCUGCAACCCGCUCCAGCGAAAGCUGAAGAUCAUGUGCUGAUGAAGCCAACAGGACCAUAUCAUCUGCAAGAAGCAGAGACCCGAUCCUCUGGCCAUUAAAUCGAAUGCCCUCAACUCCUUUGCUGCACCUAGAAAUCCUGUCCAUAAGUUAUGAACAGAAUCGGUGACAAAGGGCAGCCUUGGCAGAGUCCAACUCUCACUGGGAAUGAGCCCGACUUACUUCCAGCAAUGUGGACCAAGCUCUGACACCAGUCAUACAGGGACCUAACAGCCCACAUCAGAGUGCCUGGUACCCCAUUCUAGCAAAGUACUCCCACUCCGGGCGGAUAUCAUACACCCCCAGAGCCUUCAAUUCAAUUUUUCAAUUCAAGUUUGUUUUUAUAACGCUAAAUCAGCGACCCAACCAUGAGGCUAGCACAGCUCAGCAGAACACCAUUGUAGCUUUAUUUGGGGGAAAACACUUAGAGAAAAAAUAAAGUUUACCUUCUCAGGCUCAAAAUAAGUUUUGAUAAAAGGAUGAACAACUAAGUCCUUGGGGUACGUCGGAGUUAAAAAAGUGCUCAUGAAAUACGCAUGUGGAUUAACCAGGUAGGUAGGUAGGUAGGAAAUAAUGCAGUUAAAAUACAAAGUGUAAAAGAAAGUAGUUGAGAGUGGAAAGUGGUCAGUAAGUCUUCCAGCAGUCUAAGCCUACAGCAACAUAACUACAGAGAUAACUCUGGAUAAUCUAGUCUUUUAGAUGGAGACAUGUUAGAGGCAGGGCAAGGGAGAGCCGUCUUUACCGACUGUACACUCCACCUCCCUCUACUCCCCCACUUGUUCAGAUCUGGGCUAACAUCAGAUUUUAAGCGUUGGCCCAAUCAAAUAAAAAUGUUUUAAGCCUAGUUUUAAAAGUAGACAAAGUGUCUGCCUCACGGACUAAAGCUGGGAGUUGGUUCCUCAAGAGAGGAGCCUGAAAGCUAAAAGAUCUGCCUCCCAUCCUAUUUUUAGACAUUCUGGGAACCACCAGUAGGCCUGUAGUCUGAACGCAAAGUGCUCUGUUAUGAACAUAGGGAGCAAUCAGAUCACUGAUGUAUGAUGGAGCUUGAUUAUUAAAAGCUUUAUAUGUGAGAAGGAGGAUCUUAAAAUCUAUUCUGAAUUUAACAGGCAGCCAAUGUAGGUAAGCCAAAACAGGAGAGAUAUGAUCUCUCUUUCUAAUUCUCAUCAGAACUCUAGCUGCAGCAUUUUGGACAAGCUGAAGUCUUUUAACUACAUUCUGUGAACUUCCUGAUAUUAAUGAAUUACAGUAAUCCAGUCUUGAUGUAAUGAAUGAAUACACUAGUUUUUCAGCAUCACUCCUGCAAAGAAUGUCACUAAUCUUAGCAAUAUUCCAAAGGUGGAAGAAGGAAACCCUACAAACCUGUUUAACCUGGGAUUUGAAUAACAUGUCCUGAUCAAAGAUAACAUCAAGGUUCUUUACUUUGUUCUCGGAGACUAAUUUAAUGUCGUUCAGGUCAGUUGAUUGAUUAAGCAGUUUUCUUUUCUGAUGUUCUGGUCCAAAGAUGAGAACUUCAGUCUGGUCUUGAUUUAAAAGCAGAAAGUUUAGAGUCAUCCAAUUUUAUGCCUUCAAGACAAGCCUGUAAUCUACCUAACCAAUUCGGUUCAUCAGUGUUAAUAGAUAAAUUCAACUGAGUAUUGUCAGCAUAACAGUGGAAGUUUAUCCCAUGCUGUCUUAUGUCUGGGGCACACCGGAGGUGGAUGCGCCUCUCUGUCAAUGUCGAAUAUGAUUUUCCUAAACUUCUCAGUGGGAGACAUGUCAGUGAGCCAUCCAAUGUUUGUAGCUGAUGUCGAAGCUUUUCCUUUCCUGUUUUUUU